UGCCAUCAACUUCCUCUCUCAAACGUUCAUGUAGUCAUCCCCAAUCUCCCAAAUAUUACAUUGCUUCUCUUCAAUUUCAGACCAAAAGAAGAAACAAAACAUCACUUACACACACUCCCAAAGAGACUCCAAACCCUUCCCUUCUCAUUAUAACUUCAACGCUCACAGGCUUAACUAUGGUGAAGUCUGAGCAGAAAAUCCAGUCAUCAAAGCUACACCCGACUUCUCCUACUGCGUCAUCCGAGGCUUCACCGUCCUCUGUUAAUAAGAAUAUGAAGAAGAAGUACAAGGGUGUGAGGAUGAGGAGCUGGGGAUCAUGGGUGUCGGAGAUCCGAGCACCGAAUCAGAAAACCCGAAUCUGGCUCGGGUCCUACUCCACCCCUGAAGCAGCCGCCCGAGCUUACGACGCCGCGCUCCUCUGCAUCAAGGGUUCCUCCGCCAGCUCAAGCCUCAACUUCCCGAUCUCUUCUGCCUCGUACUAUGGCAUUCCCCACGAUGGCAACCCCCUGAUGUCCCCGAAAUCCAUUCAGAGAGUGGCAGCUGCUGCUGCUGCUGCAGCCACUGGUGGCAGUGCAAAGGCAUUGGGAGGGGCUGCCCCACCUUUGGCACCACCUCCACCGCCUUCCCUCUCUCCGUCCAUCGCCGACUCCUCCCCGUCAAUGUCUUACUCUUCACCAUCGGAUCAGCACGAUGAUGAGGUUUCACCAGCUUGUGGCUAUGAUCCAUUCUGGGGAAGCCACAAGAGCGAACCGACGAGCGCCAUGGACUCAUGGUGCAAGUUGGAGUCGCCAAAGUACGUUGAUCUAAUGGUCAAUGGAGCAGCAUUAGAUACCGCUAUCGCUACCAAUUUCUUGAUGGAUGAUUUCUUCAAUGAAGAAGGCGAUAUUCGGCUGUGGAGCUUCUGCUGAUACGAAAAUUUUAGUUUACACAAAAUAUUUAUUAUUAAAUUUUCUCGGUAAUUUGUUCAUUGAUAUUCAGGAAAUUACUGACAGCGGCCGAAGGUGUAUUUUAUAGUGAAAUUAAUUUUAUUAUUAUUGUAGGAGAAAACCCACAUGGGUAGAGACAUUUUUUGGACUCUCCCAUGUGAGUUCAUGACACUGAUGUCGAACUUCUGUAUGAUUUUCCCACAAAUUGUGUCAUAUCUCAAAUUCCAUUUUGGAAAUCAAUAAGGCCAAAAAAAAUUUAUAUUUUUC